UUGCAUGAGGAAAAUAAAAUGCCGCUAUUUGAUAUGAAAAAUUAAAUAAAAUUGUAACUCAGAACCGUAAAAUGUUUAACACUUUACAAAUCAGCAGUCACUUCAAAGGCGUAUACAUAUAAUUUUUUUCCAUUUUCGAGUUUUAGCGCCAUAAUGACAGAGCAACAAUAUUAUGUGUAUGACGUCAUAAUAACUUGUGAUAUCGAACGUAACAAUUGGUGUGACGAAAUAAUUGUUACUACAUACAACAAAACUUGGAUAACGAUGUCAGAGAAAAGCAUGAAUGCCGUGUUGGAUUUUGGAGCUGAAGCAGUCAAAGACGUUGAUGCAAAACUGGCUAUUUUAAGAUUUGAUUACAGUUGGGUUGCAGAAGUAGAGAGGGAAGAGAGGAUAAUGGAGGUGGUAGAAAAGCAACCUUUGGAGACAACAGAUGCCGUGAGAAAACUGAAGUCAGAUGAAGAUAAGACCAUCAAUAGACAAUUAAUUCUGGAUUUUGGCAAGGAGCCGGUUAAAAAUAUAGAUGCAAAGUUGGAGAUAUUAAAAUUUAAUUACAGUUGGGUAGAAGAGGUUGAGAGAGAAGAAAAAAUGGCCGAGGAAGCUAAAAAGGAACCUUUGGAACCUACUAACGCCAUGAAACAGAAACAGUGGAUGCCAGUCGACAACAGAACCAUUUUGGUAUCUGGAAUUUUACUAAAGCUCAUUUUAUUUUUUGUUUUUGGUAGGCAAGAAUAUUUUGAUUUUGGAGAAGAGCCAGUUGAAAAUGUAGAUGCUAAGCUAGAUAUUUUGAAGUUCUCCUAUAGCUGGGCCACAGAGGUUGAAGAUCAUGAAAGACAAAUGGAGGAGGAAGUACAGUUACAAACUAAAGAACAACAAGAUGAUGGUACAGAAAAGGAAAUUCAGAAAGCAGUUUCAAAGGAAGAUGGAAAGUUGAUGAUGCCAGAGAAACCACAGGAAGUUACGUCAGCUGAGGACAUGACAAAUGAUGAGACAGAAGAAAUCCAGGAUCCACUCCCAAAGGAAGAGGUACAGCAGGAGAAGACUGGAAAUGGUUUAAGCAAACCUGCAGUACUCUUCAAUGAUGAGAAAGUAGACACUGGUUUGAAGAGAGAGGUGUUCCAGAAUGGACAAGAACUUAAUAAUGUACAGCUACUGUCAGAAGAUGAAAACAAUGACCAUUUUAUUCCAAGAAAACUCUUUUUCUUUGGGAUAACUGAAUUCAAGAAUGAUGCGAAACAGAUCAGCAAAUACACUGAAAUCUCCGAGCCCAAUGUUUGUAACCCUUUGAACGAAUUUUCCAAAACCUGCAUAUCUGAAGCAACAAUGGCAUCUGUGUCUUCUAAGAAGAGUCUUCGAAGAAGAAUUAAGAAUUUUUUGGGUUUUAAGUAAAAUGACCCAAGUGACUUGACAUUAAAGAAAUAAAGAAUUUGUUAAUUUCAUUUCAUGGUUUGUCAUCAUAACAUUAUUUAAUUAAAUGCCAUCUA